UGACCCUGGAAACCUUCACUCCUCGGCCGACCUAGUGUCUCUCCUUCCUUCGACCUUCUCGGCUUUCCCGGCAGUCGGCGUUCUCGUCUGCGACUUGCUUCACCUCCGGCAGCUUCGGCCUUCUGGCGUUCCUGGCAGUAGGUCUGUGGGUCUCGGCGUUCUCGUUAUCGUGGGUCCGGCAGCUUCUCUCUCUCCCUCCCCAGUCCCCGCUCGAUUCUGUUCAACCCGAGCUGAACCUUUGACUCCUGACCUUGGCCGGACCGGUCCAGUUUUCAGUACCUUGGUGCUUAGUUCACGCCAGUUCUCCAACCAUCUCUGUGCCUCUCCCUCCAACUGUCCACUCCCAAGCAGCUAACCCACGAGGCAAAGACUCAACUAAAGAUUCUUCCCUCAAGCGACUUCCCAAGGCAUGGGCUAACAGUCAGAGAAAGUAUAGAGAGAAACCCAAAAGAGAAGGGUGCAAGGGAAAUCGAAAAACAGAAAGAAAUUGAUGAAAGUGAAGGCCACAAGGGGAGAAAGGGAGGUGCUUGGGAGAAGGGAUUGUGCGUGAUAGAGACAUAGAGAGAACAAGUGAUAAAGCCAGCAAUAGAGGAAGAGUGACAAUUUCAAUUCAAGUGGGAAUGGAAAUUGUAGAAUCCACAGCUCCAGUGGCAGAAGAAUGUGAGCUCUCAAUUCCAAGGGGUGGGCCUAUAUAUGUUCCGAAUCUGGUUGGUCCCUGCACUAGGGUUGCUGAGUUUGAGAAUUCCGUCAUCUGUGAACUUCAGAAUUUAGUGGCAGAUUUGCAUCGAGACACUUCUGAUCUGUAUGAUGAUGAUAUCUCAAUUGAUGAGCUUAAAGUAUAUACGGAAGAGGAGUUAAUGAAUAUGGCAGUGAAGAGAGAAUUAAAGGGUACAGAGAACAAUGAAAAUUAUCCUCCAACUUUGGACCAAUCUAAUGUAGGGAUAGAACAUGACCACAGAAUAUCAAGCAAUGGUCUUACUUCAUCAAAUAUGUCUGGUACAGGAUCAGAUGCUCUUACAUUGUUUGAGCCAUCAAAUCCAUCAUCUAGAACUACAAUCAACAGAAUUAUGAUAGGAAAGAACUCAAGGAGAAGAAGAAAAGGCACAAAUGCUAUAUGUGUUCAGGGUGGUUGUACAGAAAAGGUGGAUGAAGUUGUAAAAAUCAAGCAAAAGCAGGAAGAGGACAAAGUGGCAGUCAGACUUCAUUCAUUCAAUCCUGCUUGCAAGAACAAUCAAUCUGCCCUCAAGUCAGCUAGAACUGAAACAAUGAGAUCCCUUAGGUCUACAAGUUCUUCCAAAAAGCUUAAGUCAGAGGGUCUUCAGGAACACAUACCUGUGCUGUAUCCUGAAGUUGUACUAACUGUGGAGGUUUACCAUAAUGUUAGAAAGUGUGUAAAGACUCAAGAAUUACUGGUUAUUGGAGGACAGACUUUAACUGCUUUAAGGGACAAGAUCUUUUGCUCAAUGGAUCAGGUGAUGCAAAAAGCUGGACAGCAUGAUCCUUCUGGCUAUUUUCUCAUUGAAGAUGUAUUCUAUGUUGAUAUGAGGGAUCCGUCUGCUAUUGAUUAUACCUUACCCAUAUUUGAUUGGCUUAGAAACUCCAAGGAGGAGGCACAAAAAAAAUGGGAUUGUAUAAUAACUGGGGAAUUAAGACAAAAACAAAAAGCAAUCAUGGGUGAAGCAUCUGUCUCAGAGCUGCCUCACUUAACAUCUGUUAACAUGCAGAAUAUACGAUUUUGUGACAUAAGAUUCCGACUUGGUGCUGGAUUCCUCUACUGUCACCAGGGAGACUGCACUCACACACUAGUAAUACGAGAUAUGAGGUUGAUUCAUCCUGAUGAUGUGCAUAAUCGAGCUGCUUAUCCAAUAAUUACUUUCCAACUAAAGUUGCGUUUUCAGAAAUGUAGUGCUUGUAAGAUUUUCAGAGCUACGAAGGUCACUGUGGAUGACAAGUGGACCCCAAAAAAUCCUUGCUAUUUUUGUGAUGAAUGCUUUUCUCUUCUUCACAUAGCAGAGGAUGGCUCUCUUCAUUAUGCAGACUUUCUGGAGUAUGAUUAUCACCAUGAUUAGCUGCCCUCAGCCAUACGUUUAACUCGUCAAUUGCCAAAUGGGGUAUCAUGAAGAUCUAUUGGGAUUUUUUAUUUGAUGAGAAGCAGUGAGAGUUCUAGGCAUCUGUUUUGCAAUUCACUAGAAUUAAUGAAAUGAUUUGUUUUGGUUUGAACAAUUUGAAGCAUCUGUUCAAAUUGCAAACGGACUGGGUGCUCAUCGCCUCUGGUUAAAUUCACAUCCAGAAAAUCUAUGCCGUCAGUGAGGAUUACUACUUGUACUCCCAAAAAAGGAAAAAAAAACAAAAAAAAAAAUAAAACCACAUUCAGAUGGCUUGUCAUUUUGGAACCUCCUUUUGUUGCUUUGGAAGGUAACUUCUUUAGGGGCCCAGUGCAAUGGAGAUUAUAUGGGUGCCUAUUUAAAUUAUCUUGUAUCAUAUUGUCUGAUCAGCAUCUUAUUGCAAAAGAUGUGAAAUCGUGCCAAUCUAUAAACAUGUGGAUCCUUGUUA